CUUCCUGCAUGAUAGGAGAGGAGGGAGGUCACUGCUUGCUCCAGGUCCCAGCUGGGGAUGGUGUUUUUUCUCUCUGACUUUUCUAACUUGCUUGUUUGUGUGGAUGGCUUUCUGGCAGUGACAUCUCUUCAUGUGCUCAUGGCGAUGGGUCCUUCUUUCGGCUGGGGCCUCUAGGCACCACUGGAGAUAGCAAACGCGGCUUCCCCUUAUACAUGGGUCUCCUUCAUCUCCAUCCAUGCUGCAGUGUCUGCAAGAGCCCGUGAGGAGCUGCUGCCUUUUACCGCCCCGGGAUCCUACCAAGGAAUGGGAAUCUGAAGGAUUGCAAAUGCACCCACUUGGUUUAACCCCCAGCCAACCAGAUAAGUGUCCUUUUAAUUUUCUCACAGUCGUGCUUUAGCCCUAUCUGUGCACAACACAUCUCUCUUCACACUGAUUUCAAUUCGCCCUCACAAAUGAAUGCUCUGUGCUUCUCUCUUCUGCUUAGAAAUCCCAAUAGCAGACAGCGGUGUUUGGUGCGUGCUAUUAAUUGCCAGGAGCUUCUGCAGCCCGGGGCUCAGGGAGCUGCGGGUCGGUGCCAGCCCCAGUGUUGGGCAGCCCCUGAUGUUGUGGGCAGUGGUUCCAUGGUGCUGCUGCUGCGACCCAUCAGCCCGUGCAGUCCUCUGGGGCUCAUUAGAGACUUAAUAAUCAGACUUGGCUGGCUUGAUAGGGAAGAUGCUCGUGCAGGCUUGGCUCGAUCUCAGAGAAAGCAGCUAACGCCGCUGGGAGGAGAGGGCUCUGUGCAUGUGCUGUUCAGCUGUGUGCUAGGAGAGAAGUGAUAGCCCCCACUUCUUCCAGCUGGGAGAUGAGCAUGGAUGUGGGGCAGAAGCCCUGAGUUACACUGGGAUUGUGUGGGGCAUGCAGAGUGGUGUUGUGGGUGAGCAGCAGCAGGAAGCGUCCCCUCAGAACUGCAGGGACAGAGAACGCGGUCUGUCAGGGAAAUAACUUACUUUGGAUUUCUGUAGGUGUUUGGAUUUCUGCCUGUUCAAUAAGUUAAGGAAACGAGAUGUGGUUCUCUUGUAAAGUCUCUGCAACAGCACGCAGUCAUGGGGCUGGGGUAAAUGUUUGCUGUACCUGUGACGGACAACGAGUGAAAAUACAUGCAGGCAGAGCAUGUGGGUGUGGAGAGGAUGAUAACAGCAAAUUAGGCUUUGCUACCUGAAUUUGCCUUACCUACCUAAGUGGAUGGAGAGUUUCCUGGUGAAGGCACCAGCCCAGAAUGGAGGGAAAGAAGAGAACAUUUUCCUGCAACAAACUGUCCCCAAUCACAGUCUGUGGACUCCAUGUCCUGUCACUGACAGCCUGGAAAUGAGGCUUUUAACACUGCUGUCCUGGCAGCCAAGAGCCACUGUGUUGUGAUGGGGACAAGGGCUGGAGUGAUGGAGUGGGAUUUUGCUGCAGCACAAAAGCUGGAUCAAAGUCAGCCUUCUUGAUCCCUGGAGUGUCUGCAGCUCUCUCUUUUCUUGGAAAAGCUCCUUGUUCAUUUUGUUGUCACCCAGAAGGGUUUUCAUAUUAAUAGUAUCGAAAGCAUCUCUGGUAUCAGUGACUGUUUAUCCUCUGUCCUACAACUGAUGUCCAUAGUGAUCCUUGGCUCUUCAGUGACCUGAUAAUAAAAGGGCUUGGCAUGACAUUAUGUUAAGAAAUGCUGCUGAAACGAAGGCUUUGUGGUAAAGCUGCAGUCAGGGCUUUUGCAUUCACCAAGGAUGAUUAGGAAACUGAAACGUAUCAGUUGUGUCCUCACUUAAAAGGGCUUUUUGCUCCUCAGAAAAAAGAAAUAGCAAUGCAAAAAAAAUUACAUAGGUGAUUCCCAAGGUCUUGAUUGCUGAUUUUGCAACUUGAAAUAUCCUUUCUGCCACUGUGUCAAUAUCGAUGCUCACCCAAAUUAGGCCCCAUUAAAUUAACCUGCAGUUUGCUUGCUGGGUGGAUCCUGAGGUAGAGAAGGACUCCAAAGAUCUUGACAGAUUGCUGCAAAUAAUCUUGUCCUGAUCCCCCCAGAUCCCUCACUCUUUCCUUGUCUUACAGGUGAACCUUGAAGACGGCUGAGGCUCUCCGUAUCUCCUCAAUGCAUGCCCUUCCCCUGGGGUUAGAAGAGCAGCCAUGGGGAAAGAUAAGAAAAAAGAGGAGGCUGUCUUUCUGAGGAAAAAGAUAACUUUACUGAGGGCUUUCUCGCUUCUCAUCGGCAGCAUGGUUGGCAGCGGCAUCUUCAUCUCCCCCAAAGGAGUGCUGAAAAACUCAGGCACUGUGGGGUUCUCCCUGGUGGUGUGGUUUGCCUGUGGGCUCCUCUCCAUGUUCGGUGCCUUGUGUUACGCAGAGCUUGGAACAAGGAUCACCAAGUCUGGAGGACAUUACAUCUACAUUUUGGAAACCCUGGGGCCUCUGCCAAGUUUCUUGUUUCUGUGGGCAGAGUUUUUUGCUAUCAGGCCCGCCAACAGUGCUGUGGUCUCUCUGGCAUUCGGCCGCUACCUGCUGGAGCCAUUUUUUGCCCCCUGUGCAGCCCCCGUCCCUGCUGUGAAGCUCGUCUCUCUCCUAGGCUACUAUGCAGUCCUCACCCUCAAUUCCUGGAGCGUCACCUGGAGCGCACGGCUGCAGACGGCCCUCUCCAUCGUUAAGCUGCUGGCCCUCAUGCUCAUCAUUGUGCCAGGGAUGAUGCUGCUGACACAGGGCCACACCAAAAACUUCCAGGAUGCUUUUGACAGGCAGUUGCUGGUUCCAGAUAAGCUGCCCUUGGCUUUUUAUGCAGGCAUGUUCGCCUAUUCAGGCUGGUUCCAGACCAGCUUUGUGCGUGAGGAGUUGGUCAGACCCGAACGAAACAUCCCCCUGGCUGUCAUUGUGUCUGUGAUCACCGUCAUUGUAGGCUAUAUGCUCACCAACAUCUCCUAUUACACCGCCCUGGGAACACAAGAUGUUCUGGCUUCUCCAGCUGUUGCUGUGAGUUUUGUGCAGCAAGCCUGCACAAACCUGAUCUCAGUGGUCCCUGUCCUUGUUGCGCUGUCCUGCUUUGGCACCAUGAAUGGAGGAAUCCUCACAUUUUCAAGGACACUGUUUGUGGCCUCCAGAGAAGGGCAGUGGCCUCCUCUCUUCUCCAUGAUCCACAUUCGAAGACAUACACCCCUUCCAGCUGUCAUGCUUAUGUUCCCUUUGGUUACUGCCAUGGUGUGUAUUGGAGAUAUCUACCAUCUACUGAACUUCUUCAGCUUUUCCCGAUGGCUCUUCAUAGGAUUAGCCACCCUUGGGCUCAUUGUCCAUCGCUACCGUCACCCAGAGCUGCAAAGCCCAUUCAAGGUCCCCCUGUUUGUUCCAGUCUCUUUUACCAUCAUCUGCCUCUUCACAGUGGCAAUGUCUAUGUACUCAGACCCAGUAAACAUUAGCAUUGGAUGCACCAUGGUUUUAAGCGGCUUUCCAGUCUACUACCUCGUAAUCCAUAGGAAGAUGUCAAAUCGCUGCCACAGACUGCUCUAUUAUCUCACACACAAACUGCAGCUACUGUUGGAAGUAGUCCAACAAGAAAUCAAGACGUACUGAAGAAACCAUCGGAACUUACAGGAGAAGAUAUAAUCUACUUGCUACACGCCUGAUGCCUUUGAUCCUUCCAAACACAAGCCAUGCUCUUAUUCUUUUAAUCACUGCAAAUGAGGAUGAGCCUGAGCCAAAACCACACUGCAAGCAGCCCUAAGCUUGCCAGUUGGGGUCUGAGGAGCAAGUCACAGCUGCUUCUGCUCUUUUCUUUUUUAGCAGAACGAUCUUCUUCUGUUAAAUAAGCUUUCUUUGCCUGCAGAGUGUCUUUGAAACAAAGAUCCAGAUUUUGCAGACUAGUCCAGUCCUCAGCAAAUUAUAUGUUAUUUUUUAAUUUCCUCACUUGGCAAAUAGAUACAGCAGAACUAGAAUCUGGCUACAUGGAAGUCAAGCACGGGAUUCAAAUCAAAGUCAAGGUCAGGCUGGACGGGGCUCUGAGCAAUCUGAUCUCACUGUAAGUGUCCCUAUCCACUGUAGGGAAGUUGGACUAGAUGACCUUUAAGGGUCCCUUCCAACACAAACCAUUCUGUGGUUCUAUGAUUCUACGAAAUCUGUAUCAACCAUGUGAAAUGAUGCCAUGGAGACAGAUGAUAGAGGUAAAUGGGCAAGGAGUGCAAACCGGAGAUGAAGUAUAUGCAAAGGAAAGCAGGAGGUGGGGAGGAUAAAACUUCACUCACCAGGAAGCAAAGAUUUGGGUUAGUGGGGAGAUAUCUGAAAAUCAUUUGAAAUUCAAAUAAUGAGCUAAGAAAACUUGGAAUGUUUUUAUUAUUAUUAUUGUAUAAGCAAAAUAACUGUAUUUUGCUUUGAAAUAAUACUUCAAUUUUGAAUUUCAUUGCUUUGAAAUGAUAUUUCAAAAUGUACUAAUACAGUAAAAAUGUAUAUAUUUAAAAAAUAGCUAAAUACCCCAAAGAAGAGUUCAGAAUAGGUUUCAAUUCUUCUUCCAGGCCCUCAGCUUUUGUCCCAGCAGCGGAAAAAUACGAUUCUGCUUUUGUCAGAUGAGAGCAGUAAUGAGUUGUGGGCAGAUUCCUUAUGAACUGUGUACCUUUUGGUGCUGUAGGAAGACAUGAAAGACUUCAGGUCUGAGCUUUAACUUCAAAUCUACAGUCAAAAGACUUGCUUAAUCAAUACAGAAAUGCUCAUUUGAACGCCUGGCAUCAGAAAGGUUUCUGUUGUUGGAUUACUUCGGUUUACAUUAUUAAUGUUGCAAAGUUAAAAAGAUAAAAGAGCAAUUAGCUAUUUCCAAUCACUUAAGUGUUAAUCUAUUUCUAAAGGAUUGGAAACAGCAUCCUGAGCCUCGUCUGAUGGCCCUGGAGAGAGGAAGAGAAGAAUGUGAAGCAUCUGUAAUCUACCAAGCAUUCGUGUACUUAAGAGUAAUGCCAAAGUAGCAUUUAUAAAACAAUGUAGUUUACCGGAACAUGUAAAAUUCACAGUCAAGGACUGGAAAUAAAUAAAGGCUUUUGUUUUUUUCUUC